AUGGAAGCGUAUGAAAUCGACGCGUUAUGGAUUGUGAUCGUGGGCUUCGUGAUGGCAUUUACGGCUGCCUUCACGAUCGGCGCGAACGACGUGGCCAAUUCCUUCGGGACUUCCGUCGGGUCCAAGGUCCUCACCGUCAAACAGGCCUGCAUUCUCGGGGUCAUCUGCGAGACAGCGGGGUCCAUCUUACUCGGCGCCGAGGUUACCGCGGCGAUUGGGUCGGAGAUCAUGAACGAGGCCGUCUACAACGGAACCGAAAAACAGAUCAUGCUCGGCUCCCUGGCGACUUUAGGCAAGCCUUUUCCAUUUGGGACCUCUUCCACUUUUCAUCCUUUUGUCGGGGCGUCGGGCGCCUGGCAGUUGAUAGCGACGUUCUUCCGUCUCCCGAUCUCGACGACCCACGGGGUCGUUGGGUCCAUCAUCGGGUUCAAUCUCGUCGCCAAGGGACUUCCGGCGGUCAAGUGGAUG